CUCCUCUUCCUUUGUUUUUAGACAACCAAGAAAAGGAAAAAGCUUUUGGUGUAAGAGAUUCACUAAUCCUCAGCAAUUGAAAUGGAGGUUAGCAUGAGCUUUUCACAUGACAUGGAUGAUGAAUAUGAGAAACUCAUCCGGAGAAUGAACCCACCGAGGGUUGUAAUUGAUAAUAAAGCCUGCAAGAAUGCUACGGUGAUAAGGGUGGAUAGUGCAAACGAGUAUGGGAUACUUCUGGAAGUGGUACAAGUUCUAACUGAUCUUAACCUUAUCGUAACCAAAGCGUAUAUCUCUUCGGAUGGUGGCUGGUUCAUGGACGUUUUUAAUGUCACCGAUCAAGAUGGAAACAAGGUUACAGAUGAAGGGGUUCUGGAGUAUAUUCAAAAGUCUCUGGGUCCGGAGGCUUGCUUUGCAUCUUCAAUGAGAACUGUUGGGGUUAAACAAUCAACGGACCAUACUGCAAUUGAGCUAACUGGAAGUGACAGACCGGGAUUACUCUCUGAAGUGAGUGCUGUCCUCACCAAUCUCAAAUGCAAUGUAGUGAGUGCGGAAGUCUGGACGCACAACACAAGGGCUGCAUCAGUGAUGCACGUUACCGAUGAGGAGACGGGGUUGGCAGUUACUGAUCCUCAGAGGUUAGCCAGGAUUAAGGAAUUAUUAUGCAAUGUGCUUAAGGGCAGCAACAAAACCAGGGGAGCUAGGACUGUUGUAUCUCACGCUGUUACACACACUGAAAGAAGGCUUCACCAAAUGAUGUUUGCAGAUAGGGAUUAUGAACGAGUUGAUGAUGGUCUCUUGGAUGACAACCAAAGACCAAAUGUGAAUGUUGUUAAUUGGCAGGACAAAGACUACUCGGUGGUGACUAUUCGGAGUAAAGAUAGGCCAAAGCUUCUCUUCGAUACAGUUUGCACUUUGACAGACAUGCAAUAUGUGGUUUUUCAUGCAAGUAUUGAUGCUGAGGGUCCAGAAGCUUAUCAGGAAUACUAUAUCAGGCAUAUAGAUGGAUCCCCUGUGAAAUCAGAUGCAGAGAGACAAAGAGUGAUACAAUGCCUUGAAGCAGCUAUUGAGAGAAGAGUAUCUGAGGGUUUGAAGUUAGAACUCUGCACUACUGACAGAGUUGGGCUGCUAUCUGAUGUCACUCGGAUCUUUCGAGAGAAUAGCCUUACCGUAACCCGAGCAGAAGUGGCAACCAAAGCAGGCAAAGCUGUUAAUACGUUCUAUGUUCGUGAUGCAUCAGGCUACCCUGUUGACUCCAAGACCAUAGAGGCAAUCAGGCAAGUAAUUGGGCAGACCAUACUUAAAGUGAAAGGCAGCCCUGAAGACCCAAAACCAGGUUCUGAGGAAUCUCCAACCAGGUUUCUCUUUGGGGGUCUCUUCAAGUCCAGAUCUUUUGUCAAUUUUAAAUUGAUUAGGUCCUAUUCUUGAAGAACUGGUGAAUGGGUCAUACAUCUCGCCUCCUCUUGUACAUAAGAACCCGCUCUAGUCCAACUUCACCAAAGUAGACCAUUUUAGUGGUUUAUUGACUUAAACUUAGGAAACACAGCCAUUGGUAAACGAAAGCAAUAGAGUGAAGUGUUUGUAAAUACACCCCCCUAUCAGCUUCCCCUUUAGCCUUUAUUUGUUACUGUGAUCCAACCUAACGUUGGGUCAAGAAAGCAAAGAAGGAUAAUCUGAUUUGUGAAAUGAUCAGAGAACUCUGUACAUAAUAUUUCUUAUCCAAUGUUUUGGUAGGUAGCCUCAUAUUACCAUCAA